UUAAACCGUCUUUCCUAACAAUUUUGGGACGGCUUCCAAAGCUUCAGUUCUUCCCCUCGAUAACUGUAGGCUCUUCGGUCCGAGAUCUGCAGAGAACGCGACGAAGUGGAAUUUCAUCUUCUUCAACCCGAAAAUGUCUUCUUCGCUAACCUGUACUAGACUAACGCUAUUUACUGUUGCAGCUGUUGCUAUUCAGAUCACUGGACUCUCAUUUUUCGUCUUUGGGUUUUUCCCCGUCAAGCCUGCACUACCCGGUGACAGUGGGUCGGAAAGUUUUCGCGCGCCCAUGUGCUAUGCAAACCAAAAUGAGAGUGAGAGAGAUCUGCCUCCUCAUGAGCUUCAGUCGCUAUAUCAGGAAUUAUCUGGAAUUCCGCCUUUAUAUGAUCGACUUAUUUUAAUGGUCAUUGAUGGUCUUCCAGCAGAAUUUGUGCUUGGUAGGAAUGGACGGCCUCCAACCAAGACCUUUAUGGAGGCUAUGCCAUACACACAAUCAUUGUUGGCAGAUGGAACUGCAAAAGGUUACCAUGCAAAGGCUACACCUCCAACUGUUACAAUGCCCCGUCUGAAGGCUAUUGUAUCUGGUGCUAUCGGAGGAUUCCUUGAUGUGGCUUUCAAUUUCAAUACUCAAGCUCUACUUGAUGACAAUCUUCUUGGUCAGUUUUCUAAAAUUGGUUGGAAAAUGGUGAUGUGCGGAGAUGAAACUUGGCUUAAGUUGUUUCCGGGGCUUUUUAUGAGGCAUGAUGGAGUUAGCAGCUUUUUUGUUAAAGAUACUGUAGAGGUAGAUAAAAAUGUUUCUCGACAUUUAAGCUAUGAGCUUAGCAAGAAUGACUGGAAUCUUCUUAUUCUUCAUUAUCUAGGUUUGGACCAUGUUGGGCAUAUUGGUGGUCGAAACAGUCCCUUAAUGGCCCCAAAACUUAUGGAAAUGGAUGAAGUGGUGAGGAUGAUUCAUGCCAGUGCCAUGAUGAGCCCAGAAGAUAAUAAAAGGACUCUUUUGGUUGUGGUGAGUGACCAUGGGAUGACUGAAAAUGGCAAUCAUGGUGGGUCAUCGUAUGAAGAGACUGACUCCUUGCUUCUUUUUAUUGGAUCAAAAAGCCAUGCCACUGACUCUGCAUCAGUUAUCAGCAAUGAUGUUAACCAGGUCGACAUUGCAGCCACUUUAGCUCUUUUAUUUGGUGUGCCAAUACCCAAAAACAGUGUCGGCAUCAUGAUUCCAGGAAUGGUGGACUCUUUGAAGGAUAUGCAACAACUGAGGGCACUGCAAUUGAAUUCUUGGCAAUUGCUUAGAUUGUUACAAAGACAGGUACCUGGUUUUCAAUGUGGAAGUCGCCCAUGUGAUGGCUUUUCAGGUGAUAAUGGAUAUAGUAGUAAUGGUAUUAUGGAGAAGUUUUGCCGGUUGUAUUUGCGUGCUGCAGCUCUUUAUGAUUCCUGGAUAUCAACGGAGCUUUCCAGGUCUGAUAGCAGAGAAGACAAAAGUGAAAUUAUUGCAGCAUACUAUGAGUUUCUGAUAAGUGCAAAUCAAUGGUUAUCACACAAAGCUACUGAUAAACCUGCUAAAGUUAUUGCUUUUGGAGUGAUGUCAAUGAUCUUAUCUUGUCUAAUAUUUUCUGCCGUCCUUUACUCUAUUAUCCAAAAAAAUUAUUUUGGAGAGAAGCGGCUUUCCAAUGGUAUUCUCACAUGGCAUCUUGAUGAGGGUUUUUCUCUGUCUGUAAUAUUCAUCCUGGUUAUCAGUAUGGGAUCCAGUUCUAUGGUUGAGGAAGAGCAAUAUAUUUGGCAUUACUUGAUCUCCACAUUGAAUAUGCUAUUGCUUCGUAAAACAUUGCAGUUCUUUAAAAAAGAUAGCACCUGUGGUUUUUUUACUUUGUUUAGUGGACAUGAAAGAACUAGUUUAAGGGCAUCUUCCAUCUUCACCCUCCUUAUCACUGGAAGAAUUUUAAGGGGCUGGCAUCAAGGAGGUGUCAAUUGGACAUUUCUUCCAGACAUAUCGAAAUGGCUUGAGCAGUCGGGGACUGAUCUUCAGCUGAUUCAAUUAACCUCUGUUCUCCUUACAAUAAUAUUAUCCUUAUUUUCUCUAUCAUUAUUAAGAAGGAAAACAAAUUUUAUUCUAGUGGUUGGAUUUAACUUUUUGAUGUCGGGAUUGCUUGUACUGCAUCAUAUUGUGAAAUAUCGACACAAUACAUCAGUACCAUCCAGCAACGCUGCUACUUCAUUAGCACAAAUAAUUUAUGCAACUCUCGGUAUUACGACAGUCGGGACUGCUCUGGUUGUACCAUGGGUCAUGCCUAUUCAGGUUUCCAACGCAUGUUCAAGUGAUCAUGCAGUUUCUCGUCCUUUUAAAAUUGGGAGUCAGUCUCAACAUUCAGAACUGAGAGAUUGUUUAUAUAUUACUGGGUGGGUGUACAUAGGCUCUUGGUGUCUUCUGCAGUUGCUGCUCCAACAACCAGUUAAUACAGCAGUAAUGUUACUCAUUCUGGUGCAAAUUUAUGCCAGCUUUCUAUUCUUUUCUCAAGGGAUGCAGCAGCAGAAGCAAUGGGUCGAGGUUGCUGUGUUGUACUAUAUAGGAAUGGCUGGCCAUUUUGCGCUGGGGAAUAGUAAUUCUCUAGCUACAAUCGACGUUGCUGGAGCUUUCCUUGGCGUUUCAAACUACUCAACACUAUUUUCUGGCAUAUUGAUGUUCAUUAUCACCUAUGCAUCACCGACACUGCUGCUGCUAAGUAUGGUGAUGUAUAUCUCAAUUAAAAAUCUAGACAUUGCUGCCUCUACUCAAAGUGCAGAUUCCGGUCAUGUUCUAAAGAUGACUCUUGGCCUUCCUUGUCUGGUUUCACUGACUGUCAAUUCGAUCUUGCUGAUCGCGUACACAAUAGUAUUGAUCUUAAUGAGGAACCAUCUCUUUGUUUGGAGUGUUUUUUCUCCCAAGUAUUUAUACGCGUGUGCCACGACUGUGUGCAUCUUGAUUGGAGUCUUUAUCAUGGCAACGACAGUAACCUAUGCACAUAUGGUGCUGGCCCUGCGCCGAAAUAUGAUAGCCUCCAUUAAUGAAACGAGAUAAGAGCCUGAUUGUUCUUUUAGAUUCAUUGGUACUCUUACAGAUGAUUAUGCAUCAAGCAAUUCUUUAAAGUAAUUGUUCAUCAAUUUUUUAGAUCAAGUUAAAUCUAGUGUUCCAUUCAACC